ACGAGUUACGUCUUUUUGUAACGUUUUCAUUUAGAAAAGCUGCUGCUGGAAUUAAAAGAGCACCUUGACUAACUACACUACCCGCAAUGCAGCUGCGAGCGCAUGCGUCAAGAGUCAACGCCAGCGUCACGACCAGGAAGUAAAUACUCGUGCUGCCUGUAUUUCUUGUAGUAAUCUUGUUACAAAGAGGGGUAGUUGGUUUUGUAAAAGCAUCUACUUAAAGAUUACGCUGAUCUUGUUUCGGAGCAGCAGCGUUGAUCCGUCUGCUUCUUUGGAUAUGGAUUGACGGCUCAUUUACGGAGAUAAAAUUGAAAGAAAAUAAGAUUGUUUUGAAUGGCGAAAUAUUUGCGAUCACUAAUUCGUUCUUUAAAUCACUUUAUACCAGGAUCCAGUUGACGUUAUAUUACACUGACAGGAAAACUCAGGGUUGCUCUGUAGAGCCAGAGCAGUCUUCAACCAAAAUGAGAAUGAUCACAUUUUUCAUGAUAGGACUGACAGUCCAUGUAGUAUUCUUCCUGUCCAUCUUUGACAUCUACUUCACAUCCCCUUUGGUCCACGGCAUGACGCCCCAGUCCACGCCGCUGGCACCCCCCGCCUCCAGGCUGGUCUUAGUUGUGGCAGAUGGCCUCAGAGCUGACAGUCUCUUCACCCCGCUUCCCAACGGCUCAUCUAGGACUCCAUUCCUAAGGACCAUAAUAGAGGAGACUGGUACCUGGGGCGUCUCUCACACACGCGUGCCUACUGAGUCUCGGCCUGGUCAUGUUGCUCUGAUCGCAGGCUUCUACGAGGAUGUCAGCGCAGUUGCUAAGGGUUGGAAGGAGAAUCCAGUAGAGUUUGAUUCAGUGUUUAAUGAGAGCAGAAACACGUGGUGCUGGGGGAGUCCAGACAUCCUCCCAAUGUUUGCCAAAGGUGCUACUGGUGACCACGUUUAUACCCACACAUACCCAGCAGAGGAAGAGGACUUUGCUUCCACAGAUGCUUCCAGGCUGGACAGCUGGGUUUUCACCCAAGUCAAAUCCUUCUUUCAAGCUGCAAAGUCUAACUCCACUCUGAGGGCCACUCUGCUCGAGGACAAGAAUAUCUUCUUUCUGCAUCUGCUCGGCAUUGACACCAACGGACAUGCUCACAGACCAAUGUCUCAGGAAUAUCUGGACAACAUCGCCCUGGUGGACACUGGUGUAGCCGAGGCUGUGUCUCUGAUAGAGGACUUUUUUGGCCAUGAUGGGAGAACUGCCUAUGUGUUUACCUCCGAUCACGGCAUGACAAACUGGGGGUCCCACGGCGCAGGCCAUCCUUCUGAAACACUCACACCUUUAGUGGCGUGGGGAGCGGGAGUGAACAAGGCCCAGAGGGUCACAGAAUCCCAGCCAUAUGAGGAUGGAUUCUUAAAAGACUGGAACUUGGAGCAUAUUCUUAGAGCUGAUGUAAAUCAGGCUGAUAUUGCUCCACUCAUGGCUUCUCUGCUCGGCUUGCCCAUCCCAGUCAACUCUGUUGGUGUGAUACCUCUCCUCUACCUCAACAACAGCGACCAGUUCAAGGCUGAAAGCAUGUACACUAAUGCUAUUCAAGUACUGGAGCAGUUCAAGGUGAAAAUGACCCAGAAAAAGGAGACGACGCUACCUUUUCUCUUCACUCCGUACCAACUCCUGACUGAGUCGAAGCAAGCAGAAUUCACGCGCAAGGCCCGGAUACUGAUUCAGUUAGAGAAGUACAACGAUGCUGUCUCUCUGUGCCAGUCUCUGAUAGCCCUCUCUCUAGAGGGCCUGGUCUACUACCACACCUACGACCGGUUCUUCCUGGGUUGCAGUGUGGUGUUGGGAUUUAUAGGCUGGACCUCGUAUGUCAUCCUGGUUAUACUCAGGACUCACGCCAGCCUCGUUCGUCAUCCUAACCUCGCCAAACAGAAUCCCACUCAGAAUUUGGCCUGGUUUUGUGCUGCCGUGGCAGUGGCGAUCACUCUGUUCCUGCUCAUCCAAAGAAGUCCCAUUACUUACUACAUAUACUGCCUGCUGCCUGUUCCUGUAUGGUACUCCGUUUUAAAAGAGUCUGGAGCUCUGUCAGAUCUGAUCCGAUCAGCUCCCUCUCUGCCUCUCUGGAAAUGUUUGGGCUAUUUCGUGCUGGUGGCGUUUGGGAUCGAGCUGCUCGUGGUGAGCUUCUUUCAUCGCGCCAUGCUGACCGUAGGCCUGGCUUUCCUUUCGCUGUGGCCCCUCCUGUCGGGACUUUUUGGCAAGGCCAAGCUCCGCUCAGUGAGCUGGUUUCUUGGCUGCCAGUGCUUGGCUGCUUUCCCGCUGAUGCCGGUUGUGGGUAGAGAGCCUAACCUACAUCUGGUUACCGGCGCAGGCCUGCUCACCCUCUUCACCACGGCGUGUUACCUCUGGUCAUCAUGGCGGAGGACACCGCUGCACCCGAGCGACAGACGGCAAUUUUUCAGUCAGAUGAUUCUUGUGGCCGCGUGUUCGUACGUGCCGUCGCUCACCCAUGCCAGCCUGCAGCAGAAGCAAGGCCUGCCCCUUCUUAAUCAGCUCAUCAGCUGGAGCACGUUAGCAUCGUCUAUAUUUGUUCCUCUUCUGAGCUCAACGCGCCUUUUCCAUCGCCUCCUCAGCAUACUUUUGUCUCUCACGUCCACAUACCUACUGCUCAGUACUGGGUCAGAGGCCUUGUUUCCUCCCGUGCUAUCCUGGCUGAUGUUUGUGUGGAUCAACAUUGAACAGGAGGCCUUACUCGCUCAGGGUGUCUCCAGAAGGCAAGAGCUGUCCACACUUGAUUUCUCAGCCAACGUUGACAUCACCAAAAUCCGACAGCUAAAGUUGGACGACAUCAGAAGAUCGUAUUUUUUUGUAUUUUUUAUAAUAACAGCUUUCUUUGGCACAGGGAACAUAGCCUCCAUUAACAGUUUUGACCCAGCCUCUGUUUAUUGUUUCCUCACCGUCUUUAAUCCGUUUAUCAUGGGAGGGCUCAUGAUGUGGAAGGUUAUUAUUCCCUUUAUCAUUGUGAUGUGUACGUUUGAGACCAUCCAAGUUGCAACACAGCUCUCCUCAAGAAGUUUGUUCCUCAUUGUCCUGGUUAUCUCUGACGUCAUGGCACUGCAUUUCUUCUUCCUGGUGAAAGACUAUGGAAGCUGGUUGGACAUUGGCACAAGCAUUAGCCACUACGUAAUCGUGAUGUCGAUGACCAUCUUCCUGAUGCUGCUCAGUGUGGUCACACACGUCCUCACCUCGAAAAGACUCGCCCUGUGGAACAGAUCUAAGAUGCACUUCCCCUAGAUAAACGCUGCUCUAUGCUUGUCAAAUGUGUUAGGUUGUGUACGCCAAAUUAUUUAUUUCAUCUAGAUGUGUUUCGUGUAGUUGUUCUAUGAUAGGAUGUGGGUUUUGUGGCGCAAAGUACCUGAAACAACCUCAACCCUUUUGUCCAGUCCUGUUUGCACACCGGUCUUUCACAGACGCACCCAGUGUCUGUUUCAGGCAUAUUUUUAAAUGAAUCAAUAAAUAAUGGGACAAAGGCUUUUUGAAUAUUUAACGGUAAAGUAAACAUUUGCAAAAACUGCAGAUUUGCCAUUUUUUUUUUAAAGGUUAACGCACGUUUGCGUAAAGGCACAUGACAUUUGUUGAAGUUACUAGGGAAAAUGUUUUUACCUGACUACAUAUUAAAAAUGCUUUUGGAAAAAAAA